AUGCCAUAUGCAUUACAAGAAAAAGUAGAGAAAGAACUUGAACGACUGGAAACUUUGGGUAUAAUCACACAAGUCGAAUCAUCUGAUUGGGGCACACCAAUUGUUCCGGUCGUCAAACCAAAUGGUUCAGUCAGAAUAUGCGCUGAUUAUAAGGUGACAUUGAACAAAGUCAUCAAAGACGAACACUACCCUAUACCUCGGAUCAACGAUAUCAUGUCAAAGAUGCAUUGUGGAAAGAUAUUUUGUACUCUUGAUAUCAGUAAUGCAUACUUGCACCUGGAGAUGGACGAAAACAGUGCCAUAAUGCAAACAAUCAGUACUCAUAAAGGGCUGUUUAAGGUGAACCGAUUAAUGUUUGGAGUAAAAGUGGCACCCUUGUUAUGGCAGAGAUUCAUGGACAAAACAUUACAUGGCUUAGAAGGUGUACAAUGUUUCUUCGAUGAUGUCAUUAUCCAAGGAUCUAACCGGGAACAGCUUCUUCGCCGACUGAAACAGGUGUUCGAACGACUGAAGACAAACGAUUUGAGGAUAAAUAGAGACAAAUGCAAGUUUUUCCAGACAAAAAUUGAGUAUUUAGGUCAUGUGAUCGAUAGCAAAGGGCUACAUAAGUCAGAUACCAAGAUACAGAGCAUUCUGAAAUGUAAAAGGCCAGAAAACGUUUCUGAACUCCGAACUUUCCUGGGCCUAGCAAAUUAUUACAACAAAUUCAUAAAGAAUUUGGCAACACUACUACAUCCGAUGAACCUACUGCUACGAAAAGGAAAUCCUUUCAAUUGGAAUUCAUCUUGUGAAAAGAGUUUUCAGAAGAUUAAGGAAAUUAUCACAAGUGACGACGUUUUGGUUCACUUUGAUCCUAGCUUACCUCUGGUCUUAGCUACUGAUGCUUCACCGGUAGGUGUGGGAGCCGUUCUGUCUCACCGCUAUAGCAAUGGAACGGACAGACCAAUUGCCUUCGCCUCUCGAUCUUUAACAAAAUCAGAGCAAAAAUACUCUCAAAUCGACAAGGAAGCCUUGGGAAUAUAUUGGGGCCUGAAAAAGUUUUUCCCAUUUUGUUAUGGCCGCAAGUUUACUUUGAUUACAGACCACAAACCGCUAGUCUCAAUUUUUAAUCCAGCAAAGACCUUACCAACAAUCUCGGCAACACGGAUAUUCAACUAUGCUCACUUUCUCUCCGGGUUCAACUAUGACAUAGAGUACAGGCAAACUGCUCAUCAUAGCAAUGCAGAUUAUCUCUCACGUUUCCCUACCGAAGUUGUACAAGAAAAUGCAAUAGAUGACCUCUCUAAGUACCACAUAAACCAACUAGAAACACUUAAUGUCAACAGUAACGUGGUGGCUAAGGAAACUAUCAACGAUUCUGUGUUGGGUCCAGUCCUACAGGCCUUAAAAUCAGGACAAUCUGUCGAACAAUAUGGAUUUCACGAUAACGAACUGUCCAUUCAAGAUGAUUGUGUACUGAAGGGCUGGAGAGUCAUGAUACCUCAAUCCCUCAAACCUCACGUGCUUCGAGAAUUACACGUAGCUCAUUUAGGAGAAAUAAAAAUGAAGGCUUUAGCUCGCAGUUUUUGCUGGUGGAAAAGUAUAGACAAGGAUAUUGAACAGAUGGUAGCUGAAUGUCGACAAUGCAUUGAACAAUGCAACAACCCGAGAAAAACUAUCCAUCCAUGGGAACAACCUACUAAUCCAUGGGAGAGAGUGCACAUCGAUUUCUUAGGACCAACAGAUGGCCAACAGUGCCUCAUAUUAGUGGAUGCUUUUAGUAAGUGGGUGGAGGUGAUACAGACAAGAACAACUACAAGUACAUGGACAGUCCAAGAAUUACGGAAAAUCUUUUCAACUUUUGGGUUUCCUCAAAUCUUAGUUUCAGAUAAUGGAAGACAGUUUGUUUCCCAAGAGUUCAAAAACUUCAUGAAUGAAUGUGGGAUUGUUCACAGAACAACGGCACCAUAUCACCCAAACUCAAACGGCCAGGCUGAAAGAUACGUGCAGACUGUCAAGAAGGCGUUAAAAUCCAUGGAGGGAGAAAAGGGUACACUGCCAAAUAAAAUCCAAAGGCUUGUAAUGCAACUCAGGCAAUCCCCGAAUUCAACUGGUACCACUUAA